AUGAAGAAAGUAUUUGGGUUGAGGAAAGAUAAGGAACCCUCUCCAUCCAUUCGAGAUACCUCCGAUCAGAUUUCUAAACGAGGUGAUAGUAUCGGAGAAAAGAUUAAGAAACUUGAUGCUGAACUAGCCAGAUACAAAGAGCAGAUGAAGAGGGUCCGGCCAGGUCCUGCCCAAGAAGCUGUCAAAGCUAGAGCCAUCAGAAUCCUUAAACAAAAAAGAACGUAUGAAGCUCAACGUGAUAUGCUGUACAAUCAGACAUUAAAGCUAGAUCAAGCCUCAUUUGCUGCUGAUGAGCUAAAAGAUGCACAACAAACACAACCCCUAGGGCAAAGUUCGCGACUUGUGACACGAAGCUUAUUCUUGGGUUUGAGAGUGAAGAGAAUACUUGCUUACAUCCCGGCUUUGCCAUCAGCACCAUCCGGGCUUGGUCUGGUUCCAGAUGGAAAAACAAAUUUUAAGAGUGCCUUGAUUUGGUGCCGCUCUCGUGGCCCGCACCGAAACAGUGCUUUACCCCUAGAUGUCCAGUCAACUGUUGCGCCUCAACGCAUUUCGGGGAGAACCAGCUAG